GCCCAGAGCAGUUUGUGCAAUUUAGAAACUCGAUAGGAGGCAGCAGCUGAUCUCCCACCACCCUAAAAAUAAUCCACUCAGGCGCGCUGCGUGCUUCGGCUAGGGGAGGAAAACUCUGCCUUCGGAAUAAGAGUUCUGUUUCCCGGGGUGAAAUGUACGCUUAAGCCAGUGUAGGAAGCCGGUGUUUUGAAGGUAGAGCGAGUACACCAGUAGGGGUUUGAAGCAGCGUCAGAUUGUCCAAGAGUGAACCAUAUAAUAAGAAAUGAGCCUUUCAUUCUGUGGUAACAACAUUUCUUCAUAUAAUAUCUAUGGUGGUGUUUUACAAAAUUCCUGCUUUGUGGAUGCCCUCAACCUGGUUCCUCAUGUCUUCCUGUUGUUUAUCACUUUUCCAAUAUUGUUUAUUGGGUGGGGCAGUCAAAGCUCAAAAGUACAAAUUCAUCACAACACAUGGCUUCACUUUCCUGGACAUAACCUGAGAUGGAUUCUUACAUUUGCUCUCCUAUUUGUGCAUGUUUGUGAAAUUGCAGAAGGCAUAGUUUCAGAUUCACGCCGGGAAUCGCGGCAUCUCCACCUCUUCAUGCCGGCCGUGAUGGGAUUUGUUGCUACGACAACAUCAAUAGUAUAUUAUCAUAACAUUGAAACAUCAAAUUUUCCUAAAUUACUUUUAGCUCUAUUCCUGUAUUGGGUAAUGGCCUUUAUUACAAAAACCAUAAAAUUGGUCAAGUACUGGCAGUCUGGUUGGGGAGUGUCAGAUCUGCGCUUCUGCAUCACAGGCAUAAUGGUCAUCUUGAAUGGACUCCUGAUGGCUGUGGAGAUCAACGUCAUUCGGGUCAGAAGAUAUGUUUUCUUCAUGAAUCCUCAGAAAGUAAAGCCUCCUGAAGACCUCCAGGAUCUGGGUGUGAGAUUUCUUCAACCAUUUGUAAAUUUACUGUCAAAAGCAACAUACUGGUGGAUGAACACACUUAUCAUAUCUGCUCAUAAAAAGCCUAUUGAUCUGAAGGCAAUUGGAAAGUUACCAAUAGCAAUGAGGGCGGUAACAAAUUAUGUUUGCCUGAAAGAUGCCUAUGAGGAACAAAAGAAAAAAGUAGCAGAUCAUCCAAACCGGACUCCCUCCAUAUGGCUAGCAAUGUAUAGAGCUUUUGGGCGACCAAUUCUACUGAGUAGCACAUUCCGUUAUCUUGCUGACUUACUGGGUUUUGCUGGACCUCUCUGUAUUUCUGGAAUAGUGCAGCGUGUGAAUGAAACCCAGAAUGGGACAAAUAACACAACAGGAUAUUCAGAAACCCUCUCAUCAAAGGAAUUUCUUGAAAAUGCUUAUGUUCUAGCAGUUCUUCUUUUCUUGGCCCUUAUUCUGCAAAGGACGUUUUUGCAGGCUUCGUACUAUGUAACCAUAGAGACGGGCAUUAACCUCCGUGGAGCUCUGCUGGCCAUGAUAUACAAUAAAAUCCUUAGACUUUCUACAUCUAAUUUAUCCAUGGGUGAGAUGACCUUGGGACAGAUUAAUAACUUGGUUGCCAUUGAAACCAAUCAACUCAUGUGGUUCUUGUUCCUGUGUCCCAAUCUAUGGGCCAUGCCUGUUCAGAUCAUAAUGGGAGUGAUCCUGCUCUAUAAUUUACUGGGGUCGAGCGCAUUAGUCGGUGCAGCUGUCAUUGUGCUCCUCGCGCCAAUUCAGUACUUCAUCGCCACAAAGUUGGCAGAAGCUCAGAAGAGCACUCUUGAUUAUUCCACCGAGAGACUGAAGAAAACAAAUGAAAUAUUGAAAGGCAUCAAACUUCUGAAGUUGUAUGCCUGGGAGCACAUCUUUUGCAAAAGUGUGGAAGAAACAAGAAUGAAAGAACUAUCCAGUCUCAAAACCUUUGCCCUUUAUACAUCACUCUCCAUCUUCAUGAAUGCAGCGAUUCCCAUAGCAGCCGUUCUCGCUACGUUUGUGACCCAUGCGUACGCCAGUGGGAAUAGCCUGAAACCUGCGGAGGCCUUUGCUUCGCUGUCUCUCUUUCACAUCCUGGUCACCCCGUUGUUCCUGCUGUCCACCGUGGUCAGGUUUGCAGUGAAAGCCAUCAUAAGCGUUCAAAAGUUGAAUGAGUUUCUCUUGAGUGAUGAGAUUGGUGAUGACAGCUGGCGAACUGGUGAAGGUUCUCUUCCUUUUGAGUCCUGUAAGAAACACACUGGAGUUCAGCCGAAAACUAUAAACAGGAAACAGCCUGGGAGAUAUCACCUGGACAGCUAUGAGCAAUCAACAAGACGUCUACGUCCUGCAGAGACCGAGGAUAUUGCCAUAAAGGUCACAAAUGGGUACUUUUCAUGGGGCAGUGGUUUAGCUACGUUAUCUGAUAUAAAUAUUCGAAUCCCAACAGGUCAGUUAACCAUGAUUGUGGGCCAAGUGGGAUGUGGGAAGUCAUCUCUUCUCCUUGCCAUCCUCGGUGAGAUGCAGACACUGGAAGGAAAAGUUCACUGGAGCAAUGUAAAUGAAUCUGAACCUUCUUUUGAAGCAACCAGAAGUAGGAGCAGAUAUUCUGUGGCUUAUGCAGCUCAAAAGCCCUGGCUAUUGAAUGCAACAGUAGAAGAAAAUAUUACCUUUGGAAGUCCUUUCAACAAACAGAGGUAUAAAGCUGUCACAGAUGCUUGUUCUCUUCAGCCAGAUAUUGACUUACUACCAUUUGGAGACCAAACUGAAAUUGGAGAAAGGGGCAUCAACCUGAGUGGGGGUCAGAGGCAAAGAAUCUGUGUGGCACGAGCUCUCUAUCAAAACACCAAUAUUGUCUUCUUGGAUGACCCGUUCUCCGCCCUGGACAUUCACUUGAGUGAUCACUUAAUGCAGGAAGGGAUUUUGAAAUUUCUCCAAGAUGACAAGAGGACACUCGUCCUCGUGACUCACAAGUUACAGUAUCUAACACAUGCUGACUGGAUCAUAGCCAUGAAGGAUGGAAGUGUGCUAAGGGAAGGGACUUUGAAGGACAUUCAAACCAAAGAUGUUGAGCUUUAUGAACACUGGAAAACACUUAUGAAUCGGCAAGAUCAAGAAUUAGAAAAGGACAUGGAAGCUGACCAAACUACUUUAGAGAGGAAAACUUUGAGAAGAGCCAUGUAUUCCAGAGAGGCCAAAGCCCAAAUGGAGGAUGAAGAUGAAGAAGAAGAAGAGGAGGAAGAUGAGGAUGACAACAUGUCCACAGUGAUGAGGCUCAGGACUAAAAUGCCAUGGAAAACCUGUUGGCGCUACCUCACUUCUGGAGGAUUCUUCUUGCUCUUUCUCAUGAUUUUCUCUAAGCUUUUGAAGCAUUCAGUCAUUGUAGCUAUAGACUACUGGCUGGCCACAUGGACAUCGGAGUACAGCAUAAACAAUACUGGAAAAGCCGAUCAGACCUACUACGUGGCUGGGUUUAGCAUACUCUGUGGAGCAGGAAUUUUCCUCUGCCUUGUCACAUCUCUCACUGUGGAAUGGAUGGGUCUCACAGCUGCCAAAAAUCUUCACCACAAUCUCCUUAAUAAGAUAAUUCUUGGACCAAUAAGAUUCUUUGAUACCACACCCCUGGGACUAAUUCUCAAUCGCUUUUCAGCUGAUACAAAUAUCAUUGAUCAGCACAUCCCGCCGACUUUGGAAUCUCUCACUCGCUCAACGUUGCUCUGCCUGUCUGCCAUUGGCAUGAUUUCCUAUGCUACCCGUGUGUUCCUGGCUGCCAUUGUGCCUCUUGGAGUCGCCUUUUAUUUUAUCCAGAAAUACUUCCGAGUGGCCUCUAAGGACCUCCAGGAACUUGACGAUAGCACCCAGCUCCCUCUGCUUUGCCACUUCUCAGAGACAGCUGAAGGCCUCACCACCAUUAGGGCAUUUAGGCACGAAACCAGAUUUAAGCAACGUAUGCUGGAACUGACGGACACAAACAACAUUGCCUACUUAUUUCUCUCAGCUGCCAACAGAUGGCUAGAGGUCAGAACGGAUUACCUUGGAGCUUGCAUUGUUCUCACUGCAUCUAUUGCAUGCAUUAGUGGGUCUUCCAAUUCUGGAUUGGUGGGCUUAGGUCUUCUCUAUGCACUCACAAUAACCAAUUAUUUGAACUGGGUGGUGAGGAACCUGGCUGACCUGGAGGUCCAGAUGGGGGCAGUGAAGAAAGUGAACAGUUUCUUGACUAUGGAGUCUGAGAACUAUGAAGGCACCAUGGAUCCUUCUCAAGUUCCAGAACACUGGCCACAGGAAGGGGAGAUCAAGAUUCAUGAUCUGUGUGUGAGAUAUGAAAAUAAUCUGAAACCUGUUCUUAAGCACGUUAAGGCUUACAUCAAACCUGGGCAAAAGGUGGGCAUAUGUGGUCGCACUGGCAGUGGCAAGUCGUCAUUAUCUCUGGCUUUCUUCAGAAUGGUUGACAUAUUUGAUGGAAAGAUUGUCAUUGAUGGGAUUGACAUUUCAAAACUGCCACUGCACACACUACGUUCUAGACUUUCAAUCAUCCUGCAAGAUCCAAUACUAUUUAGUGGUUCUAUUAGAUUUAAUUUAGAUCCAGAAUGCAAAUGCACAGAUGACAGACUCUGGGAAGCUCUAGAAAUUGCUCAGUUGAAGAAUAUGGUCAAAUCCCUACCAGGAGGUCUAGAUGCAGUUGUCACUGAAGGUGGGGAGAACUUUAGUGUCGGACAGAGGCAGCUGUUUUGCCUUGCUAGGGCCUUUGUCCGCAAGAGCAGCAUUCUCAUCAUGGAUGAAGCCACUGCGUCCAUUGACAUGGCCACGGAAAACAUUUUGCAGAAAGUAGUAAUGACAGCUUUUGCAGACCGCACCGUUGUUACAAUAGCUCAUCGGGUUCACACUAUUCUGACGGCAGACCUAGUGAUUGUGAUGAAGCGAGGAAAUAUUUUAGAGUAUGACACUCCAGAAAGCCUCUUGGCUCAGGAAGAUGGAGUAUUUGCUUCUUUUGUUCGUGCAGACAUGUAAAGGGAAGUCUUAAAACGACACACGUAUUAAAAAUUAUUCAGUCAUAACCUACUCAUUGGAUCAUCGGCCUGACCUUUGGAAAGUGCUAUCUUAAACUUUUAUGCAUUUUUAUAAAGCUUACUUGCUAUGUUGUAGAACUUUGUAAUUAGUAACAAUGUCACUUUACCACUGAAUAUUGUAUUUCCUGUGUUGACUUUUCUUCUUUCGCAUUUGUGUUUUGUUUUCCAAGAUAUUACUGGCUAAUAUAUUCAUUACUGAUGUUUUUCUAAUGAUUAAACCAUUUUAGCUUUAAGGUUGUAUCAAGACAUGUAAGCUUCUUUAAAUGUUAAAUCAACAGAUAUGUUUUCUAUAAUUUUAAGUCUAAUAAAUAUCUCUCAGACAUAGAAAUUAAAA